AUGUCUCUGGACGCGACUGCUGGGGCCAAACGGACGGGCGUCUCUAAGGGAGAAUCCUUGAAGAGACUUCUGGGACGGAACAGGCCGGUGGACAUUACAAACCAUCAGCAUGGAGCCCAAAGGCAACAGAGGAAGCUGCCCCAUACCACCAUGCAGAGGCUCCUGAUGUGGGGGCUGCCAGACUCCUGGAGACGGUUCCUGUGGCGCCAGCAGGGGGAGUUCCCUGCCACGGCUUGCUUGCUGGGGGCGGGCGCCGGAGGGCUGCUGGCCAUUGGUCUCUUUCAGCUCCUGGUGAACCCCAUGAACAUCUAUGAGGAACAGAAGAUGGUGGCCUUGUACAGCCUGGCAGGCUUGGCAGCCCUGGGCUGGGGUACUUCCCCUCACAUCCGCUGUGCCAGUCUUUUGUUGGUCCCCAAGAUGCUGGGAAGAGAGGGCAGGCUCUUUGUCUUGGGAUAUGCACUGGCUGCCAUCUAUGCAGGGCCAGUGGCUAAUCUGAAGCGCAACCUCAACGAAGUGACCGCCUCGCUGGGCUGCACCGUGGAGCUCCAGAUCAACAACACCCGAGCGGCCUGGCGCACCUCCACGGCUCCGCUGCGGGCAGUGUUCAAGGACCUGCUGAGGAGCAAAGAUUCACUGAAGGCAGAGACUCGGAACAUCUCCACCUCCUUUGAGGACUUGGACGCUCAGGUGAAGAGCGAGGUGGGCUACUCUGAGACCGCGGACGCAGAGGAAGCGGCGCCGCGCGCGCAGAGCCCGGGAGAGCGGCGGUCGAGGCUGCGCCUGUCCACGCAGAAGAUGUACGAGCUCAAGACCCGGCUGCGCUGCUCCCAUGUGGUCGACCGGGCCAUACUCAGCUGCCGGCGCUGGUUUGACCGAAAGCACGAACAGUGCAUGCAGCGCAUCUGGGUCCCGCUCCUGAGCCACCUGCUCUGCCUGCCCAUGAAGUUCAAGUUCUUCUGUGGCAUCGCCAAGGCCAUGGAGAUUUGGUGCCGGAGCCGUAUCCCAGUGGAAGGCAACUUUGGGCAAACCUACGACUCCCUCAACCAGUCUAUUCAUGGUCUCGAUGAGGAGUUCUCAGCCAAUAUUGACAUUAAGGAAGAGAAGCAGGCGGCGGUGCUGGGCGGCAACGCGAGCUGGGAGCACGUGAGCACGGAGAUCCGGGACUACGUGCAACAGCAGGAGGCCCGGAUGGAGUGGGGCCUGGAGCUGCUGCGCGCGCUGCUGUCCUGCAGCUUCCUGCUGGUCCUGCGCGCGUCCUUCUCCUACAUGGACAGUUACAACGGGGACAUCCGCUUUGACAACGUCUACAUCAGCACCUACCUCUGCCAGAUUGAUGAGCGUAGGAAGCAAGCGGGUAAACCCAGUCUGCUGCCGCUUCGCAAGGCAGAGAAGAAAGCCCUCAUCUUCCCCUGGAGGCCCACCAUCCAGGCCUCAGAAAUGAAGAAUGUGGUAAGGGAGCUACUGGAAACCCUGCCCGUGGCGCUGCUGCUGCUGCUGCUGUGCGGGCUCGACUGGGCACUCUACUCGAUCUUCGACACCAUCCGCGGGCACUCCUUCCUGCAGUACUCCUUCCGCAGCAGUCAUAAACUGGAGGUGAAGGUCGAGGGACACUCCAUGCUUGCCCGGCUUCUUCGGAAGACCAUCGGGGCCCUGAACACAUCCUCGGACACGGGGGUGGAGGUGGACAACAUGCCCUGCCUGCCCCAGCCAGUGGCUCUGGAUGCCAGAGCCUACUGGGCAGCUUCACUGCCAAUUGGCCUGCUGGCGUACCUCUGCCUCGCCCAGGCUUUUGGCUACCGACUCCGGAGGGUCGUCGCAUCUUUCUUCUUCCCUAAGCGAGAGAAGCAGAGGACCUUGUUCCUCUACAACGAACUCCUGAGGAAGAGAGCAGCUUUCACCAAGCUGAGGAGGGCCGCCAUCAUACGCCGGACAAACCGGCAGAGAGCUCAGCGCCUCCACCUGCAAGCCCGCUGCCCGCUGCUGCGCCGCUGGCUGAUCCGGCGCUGCGUGGUGUGCCGCGAGCCCGAGACGCCCGAGUCGUACGUGUGCCCGACGGCCGACUGCGAGGCCGUGUACUGCCGCCCGUGCUGGGACGACAUGCGCCGGCGCUGCCCGGCCUGCACGGCCCGCGAGGAGCUGUCCUCCUCCGCCUACAGCGACAGCAGCGACGACGCCACCUACGCCGCCGACUGA